AUGAAGAGGGGGCGCCAUUACCUACAUCUUCUGAUUCUCCUCGCUGCGGCGGCUGCAGGCCCUGUGCAAGCCUUCAACCUCCGCACCUGGCUGGAUAAUCCCCCUUACGCAGGAGGCGGCACGGCACAAGAGCAGAUCCAAUGCUACGCGCUCCCCUACGGCGCCAUCGGCUUCUCGAGCCAUCUUCUGACCUACCUGACGGCCUUCCUCCUCUCAAUCGGCCGUCACCCGUUGUUGUUCUGGAACCGACUCAAGAGGCGGCGCUUCAAUAUCUUCGUUUCGGCCGUUGGCUUCUGCGUCUCCUGUCCCGUCACCGUGCUCACGAUGGUCCGCUGCCGCCGCACAUGGCCCUUCAUCCUCCUGGCCAUCUGGAAGCUGUUCCUCUCCGCCACGAUCACCAUCAUGGCCAUCCAUGCGGCGAAUGCCAACCGGGAGGCCCCCGCUCGCCGCUAUCCCCCCAGCUGGUCCGAGCAGUUCCAGCGCAUCUGGUGGUGGGUGCUCCUCUACUUCGUCGGCACGGUGGUCGGCUUCGUGGGGUUGAUGGACAUCGUCAAGAACAACAUGGGCACCGCGGGGCGGCUGCGGGCGGUCACGGGCGCGUUCGGCGGGAUCACUCUGUUCCUGGUUCUGCUCUUCGUCAUCGGUUCCAUGUUCGAGGAAAGGGACACCAACAGGCGACUAAACAAAGAGCAGGGCGAGCCCCCGAGGGACCGUCGGGGACAGAUUGCCGAGCUGCUCUCCAACUUUUCGAUCGUGAUGUUCUUGUCGUUCUCGGUGGCGAUGGUAGCGAUAUUGUUUGCCUUCUACACCGACUGGGCCCUGGCCGCGGUCGCCGGCGAUCUGGUUGGCAUGCCCGGGGGAGACAAUCUGCUCUUCUACUGGUUGUACUUUGCCGCGAAGCGGUUUCCAAUGCUGUCGUGCUAG